CACCCUGCUGCCUGUUGUUCCGCCAUCCGGCCAAUGAGAGCGCGGCUGCCGCUCGGCUCUUGGCCAAUGAGAGGAGCCGGGAUCAGGCUCUAUGAGAGUUGGGUUGUUCAAUCGUGAGUCCGGAGGACAACAAGCAGCCCUGAGUGGAGGGAUGAUAGCGAUGCAUUUUCCUGGUGGUGAUUGUAGACAUGGAUGAUCAAGCUGAAAGUUGCCAUUGAGUUCUUUGUAGUGAUGAAUUGUCCUGAACCUGAUCAAGCAAACAUUUUACAAAUGAGCUGCUGCUCGGUUGCAGGACUUGUGUCCUACCCCUGAGGCCACAUGAGUAGCUGCAGAGAUGGAUCGUUGUAAACACGUGGGACGCCUUCGUCUGGGUCACGACCAUUCUAUCCUUAAUCCACAGAAAUGGCAGUGUGUAGACUGCAGCACCACCGAUUCUGUGUGGGCCUGCCUGAAGUGCUCCCAUGUGUCCUGUGGACGUUUCGUGGAGGAGCACUCACUGAAACACUUUCAGGAGUCGCACCACCCACUGGCUAUGGAGGUGCGUGAGUUGGAUGUCUUCUGCUUUGCAUGUGAAGACUAUGUACUGAAUGAUAAUGCAGAGGGAGACCUUAAACUCCUCAGAGGUGCACUCUCCACUGUUCGUCGCCCAGACAGUCGCUCACUACGCUCCUCCACUGGGGGAGAGUGCACAGUCCGCUUUGGGGAAAGUGGACCACAGCCUGCAAUGCAGGUAGCCUUGCGUCACAGGAGGAAAGCACUCCUUGGAAAGAUGCUGAAGAGAUGGAUGAGCAAACAUGAGGAUCUGCAGAAUCAGCGUCAGAAGAAACUUGAGGAAGAAAAGGAAGAAGCCAGAAGACAAAAGAAAGAGGUCAAAAAGAGACUUAUGGAAGAGCUUGGUAAUGUUCCUCCAAGAAAGAGUGCUAGGCUUCUUACUCAGGCACCACGUUCAACUAUCAUGCUCAUUCCUCGCAAAUUUCGCGAUCCUCCAGAACGCCUACCUCCUCCUCCCAAGAAGCCUUCCUUACUACCCCUGUCACGUAAAGCCCCUCAGAAUGGCAGGGCUGCUAAACUGAGGCGAUACUACUCCACUCAUGUGGUGACACGGCGGAGACUUGCUCCAGGUGUCACCGGUCUGCGGAACUUGGGGAACACAUGCUACAUGAACUCAAUAUUGCAGGUGUUGAGCCACUUGCAGAAAUUCAGGGAAUGUUUUCUCACUUUGGACCUGUGUGAGACUGAGGAGCUACUGGCCAAGUCUAAUCACACCCAAGGAAUGAAGGAUGUGACAGGAAGUGUAGUCAGUGGUGCUAAUACACUGCCAGGAUGCCCUCUUGGACGCAUGGGGAAAGCAGGCUGUUGGAAUUUACCUGUGGGAAGAAAUGAAAGUGCUCCGCCUUCCCCAAAUGCUGCAGAGCUGGUCCAGUCCAAGGAGCCUCGCUGCUCCACCCGGCAGCAGAUGUCUCUGUGCCAUGAGUUGCAUACACUUUUCAGGGUCAUGUGGUCUGGCCGGUGGUCUCUGGUGUCCCCCUUUGCCAUGCUGCAUUCCGUGUGGAACUUGAUCCCAGCUUUCCGUGGGUAUGACCAGCAGGACGCACAGGAGUUCCUGUGUGAGCUGCUAGACAAAGUGCAGCAGGAGCUGGAGACUGAAGGAUCCAAACACAGGAUAGUUAUUCCCAUCACAAAGAGGAAACUGUCCAAGCAGGUGCUAAAGGUUCUCAACACCAUAUUUCAUGGCCAGCUCCUCAGCCAGGUGACAUGUCUGUCCUGUAAGCACAAGUCUAACACAGUGGAGCCAUUCUGGGAUUUGUCUUUGGAGUUUCCAGAGCGGUAUCAUAAUGUAGACAAAGGCUCCAGCUCUGCAGCUUACCAACGCAGCUGCACCCUGACUGAGAUGUUGGCCAAGUUUACUGAGACAGAAGCUCUGGAAGGCAGAAUUUAUGCCUGCAACUACUGCAACAAAAGAAGACGGAAAUCAUCCCACAAACCCUUAGUUCUGUCAGAAGCUUGUAAGCAGCUUUUGAUUUACCGUUUACCUCAGGUUCUACGGCUGCACCUCAAACGCUUCAGAUGGUCAGGGCGAAACCAUCGGGAGAAAAUUGGUGUCCAUGUGGCUUUUGACCAGGUUCUGAACAUCAAACCCUACUGCUGCACAGGCUCGGGUCACUCUGUCCACAGAGGAGGUUACACCUACGAUCUGUCUGCAGUAGUUAUGCACCAUGGUAAAGGUUUUGGCUCAGGGCACUACACCGCAUACUGCUACAAUACAGAAGGAGGUUUCUGGGUCCAUUGUAAUGACUCUGAGAUGAAAGUUUGCAGUGUGGAGGAAGUGUGCAACACUCAGGCCUAUAUUCUCUUCUAUACCCAGAGGUCUGCCUAGGUACCUUGCCCUGUGACAUCCAUCUGAACAUGACAACUUAGGGCUAAAUUUCUGAAAAUGUUUUCUGUUUUGUUUUUUCCCCUCUCCAGAUGUCAUUAAACAAUUAUUUCUAUAGAAUUUACACAAAAAUUACACUGUGAGCCAG